CAGGAAGAAAUAGAAGUACUGAGUAGAAGUGGGUUUCCUACUGGAUUUAUAUUCGGUACAGCCUCUGCUGCAUACCAGUAUGAAGGAGCUGUUCGGGAGGGAGGAAGAGGCCAAAGCAUUUGGGAUACUUUCUCCCAUAUCCCAGGAAAAAUUGCUGAUGGGAGCAAUGGAGAUGUUGGCGUGGAUGAAUACGACCGCUAUAAGGAAGAUGUGAAACUGAUGAAGAAAAUGGGCAUGGAUGCAUAUAGGUUUUCCAUUUCCUGGUCACGGAUAUUACCAUAUGGCUCUGUCAAAGGUGGAAUUAACAAAGUUGGAGUGGCCUACUACAACAACCUCAUCAAUGAACUCUUAAAAUAUGAUAUUAAGCCUUUUGUGACACUGUUUCAUUGGGACCUUCCACAAGCUCUGGAGGAUAAAUAUGGAGGCUUUCUCAGCAAGAAUAUUGUGAAAGAUUUUAAAGCUUACAGUGAAGUGUGCUUUCAAGAGUUUGGCGAUCAAGUGAAGCACUGGAUUACAUUAAACGAACCUUACGCCUACUCUGCCUUUGGAUAUGACACUGCCACGUUGGCACCCGGCCGCCAUUCCUCUACCAAUGGAAAUUCAAGCACAGGAAAUUCCGCAGUAGAGCCAUAUAUUGUGGCGCAUAAUAUUCUCCUUUCUCAUGCAGCUGUUGUGCGUGUAUACAAGAGCAAAUACCAGGCAGUGCAGAAGGGAUUGAUUGGUAUUACAUUGGUGAGCCACUGGAUGCUUCCCUACUCAAAAUCAACCUCUGAUCAGAAAGCCACCCAAAGGGCCAUAGAUUUUAUGUUUGGUUGGUUUAUGGAUCCAAUUACAGAAGGGAGAUACCCAACAACAAUGAGAAAUCUUGUUGGUACGCGUUUACCUAAAUUUACUGCCCAUGAAUCUUCUAUGGUGAAAGGUUCGUUCGAUUUUGUGGGCUUAAAUUACUAUACAAGCAUGUAUGCUGCUGAUGUUUUAAUGCCACCCAAUGCCAUUAACACAAGCUAUACAUUGGACUCUCGAGCAAAUCUGACAGCUAAGAGAAAUGGCAUUCUCAUCGGACCAGUGGCAGGAUCGAGCUGGCUUCACGUGUAUCCUCGAGGAAUAGGAGAGCUGUUGAAGUACAUAAAACACAGAUAUGCAAAUCCACCGAUUUUUAUCACAGAAAAUGGAAUUGAUGAAAAAAAUGAUGAUACUAUAUCAUUGGCUCAAGCUCUUAAUGAUACUUGGCGAAUCAAUUAUCAUUCUAAGUAUUUAUCAUUUAUUCAACAAGCAAUAAGGGGUGGAUCAAACAUACAAGGUUAUUUUGCAUGGUCUUUAUUAGACAACUUUGAGUGGUCAAAUGGCUAUAUAGUUAGAUUUGGUCUACAUUAUGUAGACUAUAAAAAAAAAUUAAAUCGGUAUCCAAAAGCAUCAGCAUAUUGGUUUCGCAAAUUCUUGGAAUAA